CAGCCAUCCACGCCGCCGUGAGACGAACAUUCCUCUGCAGUCCGCUGCUUCCUGCUGCUUUUUCGAGAGUCGCCGCAUCUUCCAAUAUGAAGCUGAUGUUCCUGGUCGUGUUGGGUCUUGCCUGCCUGGCGAGCGGAGAAGAUCGAGUCGAAGCGAAGGAGUCCAAGGACCUUGAGACUUCCCCGAGUCUGUACGGUCUUGGAGGCAUCGGAGGCUUUGGAGGCCUUGGAGGCAUCGGAGGAGGUUACAAGUACGGUUACGGCUACGGUUACGGAUACCCUUACUUCGGAGGGCUCUAUGGUUUCCCCUAUGGCGGCUACGGUUUCGGCUACCCUGGCUUGGGCUACGGUGGUCUUCUGGGAGGACUUUACUGAAUCAACUUUUUUUUUUUUUUGCUCUUUUCGUUAGCGACCUGUUAGGGCUUUUUCUUUU